AUGGCUAUUAUCAGUUUAAUAAUUAUUCUGAUUGCAUGCUUUUUCAAACUUGUCCUCCUCUCUAAUGGAUCGCCAACUCUUCUCUUUGUCACACAAAAAGAUAUUAGAAUGGCCAAUGCCUCUCGUACUAAUAAAGUAACUACUAUUAUAAAAGAUCUGUCUGAAGGUGCAGCAUUAGAUUUUUAUUUUGAACAUGAACUAGUGUGUUGGUCUGAUAGUGGUUUAGAAAUAAUUCAGUGCAUUCAAACAAAUGGCACCCAUACUGGCGAAAAAACAAUUGUAGUAAAUUCCAGUUUAAUUUCUCCUGAUGGUUUAGCUUGUGACUGGUACACAGGAAAAUUAUAUUGGACAGAUGGAGAAAAAAAUAGAAUAGAAGUAUCCAGUAUUGAUGGACGUCACAGAAAAGUCCUUUUUUGGACAGAGAUUUAUCAGCCAAGAGCUAUUGCUCUUGUACCGAUGAAAAGUAUAUUAUUUUGGACUGAUUGGGGUGAUGUACCUAAAAUAGAAAGAGCUGCAAUGAAUGGAGAUCCAUCAACGAGAGAAGUGAUAAUUUCCGAUGAUAUAUUUUGGCCAAACGGUUUAACAGUGGAUUAUGAAAAUGAAUUGGUUUAUUGGGUAGACGGAAGACUUAAAUUUAUUGCAGUGAUGGAUUAUUAUGGAAAAAAUAGAAGGAAAGUCAUAGAAAAAGGGUUAGAUUAUCCGUUUGCAGUGACAUUUUUCGAUCACAAAUUAUAUUGGACUGAUUGGAAAACAUGGUGUGUACAUUCAUACGAUGUUCGUCAAACUCAAGCACUUCCUAGAGAAUUAUUACAUGGAGAAUAUAUACCUGGUGACAUAGAAGUUUGGGAUGUUAGAAGACAACCAUAUGGGAGUCAUCCUUGUGAAAGAAAUAAUGGAAAUUGUUCACAUUUGUGUCUUUUAAGUAUGACAGAACCUGGAUAUAGCUGUGCAUGUCCUACAGGUGUAAAAUUAGUGGAUAAUUUGACUUGUGCAGAAGGACCAGAAGAAUUGUUAUUAAUAGUUCAAAGAAAUGAAAUCUGUCGCAUUUCUUUAGAUUCACCAGAUUAUACUAAUUUUGUAUUACCAUUAACAGGAAUUAAACAUGCGAUAGCAAUAGACUUUGAUCCUGUGCAAGAAAUGCUUUACUGGACAGAUGAAGAAGCUCGUGCAAUUCGUAGAGCUUCGCUUGAUGGUUCCAAUCAAGAAAAUAUUAUAAUAACAGAAGUGGAAAAUCCUGAUGGAAUAGCUGUUGAUUGGUUAGCACGGAAUCUUUAUUGGACUGACACAGGAACAGAUCGAAUUGAAGUAGCCCGGUUAAAUGGUACAAGUAGAAAAGUAUUAAUAAAUGAAGAUUUAAUCGAACCCAGAGCAAUUGCUUUAGCUCCAGAAUUAGGAUGGAUGUUUUGGACAGAUUGGAAUGAAAAACGUCCAAAAAUAGAGCGAAGUAAUCUGGAUGGUACAGAACGUAUUCUUUUAGUAAAUAAAGAUAUUGUUUGGCCAAAUGGAAUUGCUCUAGAUCUUGCACGAUGGAAAAUAUAUUGGUGCGAUGCAAAAACAGAUAAGAUUGAAGUGUGUAACAUGGAUGGUACAGAUAGAAGAGAAGUAAUUACAGAUAAUCUUCCACACCUUUUUGGUUUAAGUUUAUUAGGAGAUUAUCUAUAUUGGACUGACUGGCAAAGACGAAGUGUGGAUAGAGCACAUAAACUCACAGGUGGUGAAAGAGAAGUUAUUGUUGAUCAAGUUCCAAAUGUCAUGGGUUUAAAAGCAGUGCAUUUAGGAAAAGUUAAUGGUACAAAUCCUUGUGUGAAAAGUAAUGGUGGUUGCAGUCAUUUGUGUUUAAAUCGACCAGGAAAUAAGUAUGUGUGCGCAUGUCAAAUUGGAUAUGAGUUAACUAAAGAUAAAAAAACUUGUUUUGUGCCAGAUGCAUUUAUGUUAUUUGCUAGGAAAGAAAAUAUUGGCAGAAUUAGCAUCGAAAAUGCAAAUAAUGAUAAUAUUAUUCCAUUAACUGGAGUUAAAGAUGCAAGCGCCUUGGACUUUAAUAUAGCAGACAAUCGUAUUUAUUGGACAGAUGUUAAAUUAAAAACAAUUACAAGAGCUUUCAUAAAUGGAUCUGAUAUAGAAAGAGUCGUUGAUCUUGGUUUAGAAACACCUGAAGGUUUAGCAAUUGAUUGGAUUGGUCAUAAUUUAUACUGGAGUGAUACAGGAACACGAAGAAUAGAAAUGGUUCGAUUAGAAGGUUGUAGUAGAAAAGUCCUCAUUUGGAGUAACAUUUUUGAACCUAGAUGUUUAGCUCUUGAUCCUAGCAGAGGCCAUAUAUAUUGGACAGAAUGGGGAAAUUCUGGAAGUAUAGAAAGAUCAUAUUUAGAUGGCAUGCAUCGUGAAAUAAUACUUUCCAAUAUUGGAAAAGCAAAUGGUCUAACAAUUGACCAUUCAGCACGAAAAUUAUAUUGGGCAGAUUUAUAUACUCCAGCUAUUGAUAGCUUUGAUCUGCUUACAAGAAAAAGAGUAGCAAUUAUAACAGAAAAUAUUGUAUAUCCAUUUAGUAUUACUCAGUAUCAAGAUUACAUUUAUUGGACAGAUUGGAAUACAGGUGACAUAGAGAAAGCUAAUAAGACUACUGGAUUAAGCAGAGUGAAGAUACAUAAUAAGUUAGAAUCUGUAACAGAUUUAUUGGUUUUCCAUGCUUCUAGACAAGCAGGAUGGAAUCCCUGUGCAUUAAAAAAUGGCAACUGCACUCAUCUUUGUAUCGCUUUACCCGGAGAUAAUGAAAGCAUAUCAAAUUCUUUCAAAUGUGGGUGUCCUACUCAUUACAAUUUAUCAGAGGAUAAUAAAACUUGCAUUGCACCAAAAAACUUUAUGAUGUAUAGUUUACGCAACGCAAUGUUUCGCUUUCUUCCUGAUACAAAUGAUUGUCCAGAUGUAGUUCUCCGAAUACAAGGUUUGAAGCAUGUACGAUCUAUAGAAUUUGAUCCUAUAACUCAACACAUUUAUUGGAUAGAUGGACGAACUUUAUCUAUUAGGAGAACUUUGGAAAAUAAAACACAUUCCAGUAUAAUGAUUUCUGGAAAUUCUGGACAUCCAGUGGAUCUUGCUUUAGAUUCACUGGGAAGAUUACUAUUCUGGUCAUGUGCCACAAAUGAUGCGAUCAAUGUUACAAAACUUGACAAUGGUUCCGCUCUAGGUGUUGUAGUCAAAGGUGAUGGUGAGAAACCAAGAAAUAUUGCAAUACAUUCAGAAAAAAGAUUACUUUUUUGGACAGAUAUUGGAAGAAAAAUGAGAGUAAUGCGCAGUAAAAUGGAUGGAAAAGAGAGAAUUGUAGUAGCGACUGAUCUAGAACAACCAACAAGUAUUGCAGUAGAUGCAAUUUCAAGCAUUGUAUAUUGGGCACAUGGAAAUCAGAUUGAAUGUGCAGAUUUUGAUGGGAACAAUAGAAGAAUUCUGGUUUCUCCCGUUGGACAAGGUUCAACUGUUUAUUUGUCUAUCUUUUUUGAUUUUAUUUAUUGGUUUGAUAAGGAAACAUCAAGUUUAGAGCGUAUUAAUAAAUCUGGAAAUGGAAGAAAAACAAUCAUGAAUAAAGUACUUACAGAUUUAAUUGCGAUAAAUACUCCACAAGAUGAUGUAAUGAAAACACAUAUUUGUAGUCCUUUUCGGGAAUAUGGAGGAUGCUCACAUUUUUGUAUAGGAAUCACUUCUUCUAGAUGUUCUUGUCCAAAAUCUUUGGUUUUAUCUGAAGAUGAAAAAACUUGUAGAGCUGCGCCAGCCUGUGGAACGGAUCAUUUUACUUGUGCUGCACCUAGUUCUGCAGUAACAAAAGAUUGUAUACCUGCUACAUGGAAAUGCGAUGGCCAAACCGACUGUCCUGAUGGAAGUGAUGAACUAGGUUGUCCAGCUUGUAGUCGUGAACAAUUUAAAUGUCAAAGUGGUCAUUGCAUUGACAUGUCCUGGGUGUGCGAUGGAACAGCUCAAUGCCAUGAUGGCCUAGACGAAGCUCAUUGUUGCCGUCCAGGUCAAUUUCAGUGUAUUGGAAGUGGUGUUUGUAUUUCUGGUUCAGCGCUUUGUGAUGGUUGGGACGACUGUGCCGACGGAAGCGAUGAACUUGCAUCUGCAUGUACACCUGCAAAUAAUCCUCGACAAGAAAAUAAUUCAUUAGAAUCUGGAAAAAUCACUUAUGUUAUUAUUGUACCUAUUGGACUGAUUGCAACAAUUGCUAUAAUUGCUUUCGGAUUUUAUUAUUGUAGAAGAAAAUUCAUAAACAAUGAAGAAUUGCCUGAUAUUUUACAUGAUUCAGCUGGAGAUCCAUUAUCACCCAAACCAGUAAGAUUAGCAAAACCAAUGUUCGCGCAAAAAAAUUGUAGGAAAGAUUUGAAAAUUGGAAUGGAAACUGUAAGAAUGUCAAUGUUAAAUGGAAGCAGUAUAGGAUCAAGUUACGACCGCAGCCAUAUAACUGGAGCUUCCAGUUCAACUCGAGGUAGUUCCACAGGAGGUUACCCACAAGAAACAUUGAAUCCUCCUCCGAGUCCAGCAACAACAGCCAAUUCUACUAGAUGUUCAAGCAGUAAUGCAUCUAGGUAUAAACCUUAUAGGCAUUAUAGGAGCAUAAAUCAGCCUCCACCUCCAACUCCUUGCAGUACAGAUGUUUGCGACGAAUCAGACAGCAAUUACCCAGCAAGAUAUAGAUAUGAAAGUGAACCCUAUCCUCCACCUCCUACUCCAAGAUCUGUUUACCAAAGUGAUGCUGCAAUUAGUUGUCCUCCCUCUCCUAGUUCACGAUCUUCUACAUAUUUUAGUCCACUUCCUCCACCUCCUUCCCCUGUUCCUUGAAUAUAUUAAAAAUUGUUUAUAUUCUAUUUUUU